UCCCAUGCUACUAGUUGACAUUAACUUAAUAUUUCGAUUAUAUACUUAUCCGGGUGCAAGUAUAUUUCAUUUUUAGUACUUACUGAAAAUGAGAAACAUCAUUUGUAUCUUAUUUGUUAUAACAACCAUCAACUACAGUAAAGGUCAAUGGGACACACAUUGGGACACUAACAAAAAUACAAUUGUACAUCUUUUCGAAUGGAAGUGGGACGAUAUUGCUGAUGAAUGUGAAAGAUUUUUGGCACCUAAGGGAUACGCUGGAGUUCAGGCAAGUAAUUAUUUAUUCACUACGUNCCAUGAUAACGUUGUUGGAACGGGUGGAAGUACGGCAACACCUAGCAGUAAAUCAUUUCCCGCUGUGCCAUACUACUCUGAGCAUUUUCAUCCUACUUGCGAAGUUAACAAUUACAAUGAUGCAUAUAAUGUCAGAAACUGCGAACUUGUAGGAUUAAAAGAUUUAGACCAGUCAAACAGCUACGUUAGAGAGAAAAUGGUGGAAUACCUGAAUAAACUCAUCAGCUAUGGAGUUGCUGGUUUCCGGUUUGAUGCGGCCAAACACAUGACGCCUUCCGAUUUAAAAGUUAUUUAUCAAUCCACAAAUAACCUCGACACUUCUCAUGGAUUCGCCGCAAAUUUGAGGCCCUUUAUAUAUCAAGAAGUAAUAGAUUUAGGGGGUGAAGCAGUUAAGUCUACCGAGUAUACAGACUUGGGAACUGUAACAGAGUUUAAAUACAGUGCCGAAAUUGGACGCGUAUUUCGAGGUAAAGAUAAACUAACUUAUUUGAACAAUUGGGGCGAAGGAUGGGGACUUUUACCCGGACUAAAUGCUUUCGUUUUCGUCGAUAAUCACGAUAACCAAAGAGGUCAUGGCGCCGGUGGUGAAAAUAUUUUAACGUACAAAACUGCGAAACAGUACAAAAUGGCAAUUGCCUUCAUGUUGGCACAUCCUUACGGAGCCACCAGAGUCAUGUCUAGUUUCUACUUUGACGACAGUGAUCAAGGACCUCCUCAAGACGGAAACGGAAACAUAGUAUCUCCCUCGAUCAACGAUGAUGAUACUUGUGGAAAUGGCUGGGUUUGUGAGCACAGAUGGCGUCAGAUCUACAACAUGGUAGGAUUCAAGAACGCCACAUUGGGUACAAGUAUCCAAGAAUGGUGGUCCGAUGGUAACCAACAGAUUUCUUUCUGUCGCGGAAAUGCUGGGUUCGUGGCUUUCACCAACGAAGGUGAUUUACGAAGAACCUUACAGACAUGCCUCCCAUCUGGAGUUUACUGUGACGUUAUCAGUGGAAAAUUGCAAAACGGUGGUUGCACUGGGAAAUCUGUGACUGUGAACGGCGAUGGUACAGCUUACAUUGAACUUCUUAGUUCUGAAGAGGACGGAGUACUUGCCAUUCAUAUUAACGCAAAACAAUCAUAAACUUCUUAAUUUGUUUAUAUAAACGUUUUUACAAAUUGGAUUUCAAUGUAACCAUGUGGAAAAUAAAAAGAUUCAAAUGUA